AUGACCAUUUGCCUUCUGGGUUCGACGAGUGGAAGCCACGUGUUGUCGGUUACAAAGUUUCAAACCUCGACCUGCACCGAUCGUCAGGCGCCGGGACUUAUUUGCGCCACCUGCAGCACGGUUGCGGUAUGCGUGCAGGUGGGCAACGUUUGGGAAACGUUCUGGGUGGAGGCGUGCAACGCUGACGAAGGACUGUACUGCAACGAGUUCGAGGGGGGCUGUUCGGCCAGCGUCGGAUCCUGCAAUCCGCUUGGGCAGGAGGGCAACUUCGAGUGCAAUACGCCGGGCGUCUUUCCGGAUCCGUUCAACUGUCGCCUGUACCACAUGUGCUUCCAAAAUGGCAACAAUCCGGUGGCCAUCAACAUGGACUGCGGUGGGGCUGCCUUCUCGCCCGCCACCGGUGACUGCUCGCUCCCGCUGAACGAUCCGAUCUGCAUGUCGCCACAGUUUAACUGCAGCACCGUAGGGCAGAUGGCCGCUUGGCCCGGAAACAGCAACAUCUACUACAUCUGCGCAGCGGAAACCGUCAACGGCAACCGCGUGAUGCGGCCCCGCCUGUACCGAUGUCCGGCCAAUGAAGUUUUCCAAGAGGGCCGAUGUGUCCAGCGCGAUUGGUCGAACCUCCCGCCCGGUUCCAUUGUACCGUACGAUUGCGUGCGGCCAGGACUAUUUCCGGAUCCUACAAACUGUCGCUACUACUACGCCUGCAACGCCGAGCUCGUUGCGGAACGGCUCCAGUGCCCGGACGGGGCUUUCUUCAACCCCGCCAUUCUAGCGUGCGUUUUGGGCUCCUGUUAA